AUGCCUUCAGUCGUGUCAGAAGGACCGUCGGUGUCAAUGAGCUUUGCCAACAACUUCUGGGGUAAAGAUGAUGCUGGGGUCGACCCUUUAUUGCAGCGGAUGCAUAAUGCGAAGCAAACAUGCGACGAGUUAAAGUCAUUCUACACAGCUCGGGCAGCUCUCGAGGACGAAUAUGCACGCAAGCUACUCUCAUUAUCACGGAAGCCACUUGGAUCCCAGGAGGCUGGAACUCUUCGGGCAUCCCUGGAUGUGUUACGAGGAGAGGUUGAGGCGAUGGGAAAGUCACACCAAAACAUUGCUAGUCAGAUGAAGACAGAACUAGAGGAACCGCUGGCGGCCUUUGCAGGUGCUAUGAAAGAGCGAAGAAAGAUUGUGCAAGGCGGAAUCGAGAAAGUACUGAAGGUUAAAAUUCAGCAAACACAGCUAGUAAAUAAGACCCGAGACAGGUACGAGCAAGAAUGUCUAAAGAUUAAGGGUUAUCUGGCACAAGGGCAUAUGGUUAUGGGUCAAGAAGAAAGGAAAAACAAGGCCAAGCUGGAGAAGACUCAAAUAAACCUCGCCACAUCGAACACCGAGUACGAGAAUGCUGUGAAGGCACUUGAGGAGACAACAGGGAGAUGGAACAGAGAUUGGAAGGCUGCCGCAGACAAGUUCCAAGACUUGGAAGAAGAACGCUUGGACUUCAUGAAGAGCAGUCUGUGGAGCUUCGCCAACAUCGCAUCGACCGUUUGUGUUAGUGAUGACGCUUCGUGCGAAAAGGUCCGACUGUCCUUGGAGAACUGUGAGGUGGAGAAAGACAUUGCUUCAUUCAUUAAGGAGCGCGGAACAGGGCAAGAGAUACCAGAUCCACCGAAAUACAUCAAUUUUUGCCGAGGAGAUGUCAGCGAUACACAAUCCGAAGCCUCUGAGGAUGACAAUUACUCGGUUGCACAAUUUCCACGGACCAUUAAUCCCGCUUACCGAAGUUCUUCGCCCCAACCAUCUGUUUUCGAGUCACAUCAUGACCCUCAAUCUGCUCUGGCUAAGGAUAUGGGUCAUGAACCCGAGACACAAAGUCGCGAGGCUACUUUAACUCCACAAAAGGCGUUAGGAGAUAGAUCCAGGCAAGCACACGUCGAAGACUACCAGCCCGCACCGGUCAGACAACCACAGCCCGAGUAUCAACCCAAGCAGACCCGACAGCUUGAACAACCACCACAUGCAAGGCAGGCAUCCAGACAGCAGCUUGAUUAUCAACCUCAGUCCAGGCAACAACAGGAACCACAACAAAACAUGUUGACUUAUGAACAAUCCCAACAUGGCCCGCUUGCUGCUGUACCUCAUGAUCCUUAUCCGAUGGAUGGAAUGACUAUGUUAUGCCGGACAGGCCCACCAUCUGAGCUAAGCUCUGCUCACAGUGGAGCUAGACCGUCCAGUCGAGACUCCAACAGCGAGUACUCUAACCCAACUUCAUUCUCAAGCCGCGAUCCCGUGAGCGGCAAGACGUCUCCAGUCAAACAAGUCGUCGGCCCUCCAGCUGAGAAGCAGGUCUUGAAAAAGAAAAGCGGAUUCUUUCAAAGCCACAGUCCCUUCAGACGCAAAAGUAAUAAGGAUAAAGACCACACAGCUAUGACACCUUCGAAUCGCAACACUUGGUCUGCAAGAACUACGACCAGUGGCCAAAACAGUCCAACCAAAAGGCCUCAGGCCUACAGCCAUGACUCGCAGAACAUGAUUAGUGACAGACCCAGUGGCAGCCCAGAGCCAAUUGAUCCUCGUGCCAGUUUCCAGCUCAAUGUCGGAAACAAUGUCUUUGAUGUUGCAACACCCGAGAGAAGAGGCAAGGUCUCCCAGAACAAGCCGCCACAAGAGGAAGAGGAUCUGGAUCCAAUUGCUCAAGCACUGGCAGAAUUGAAGGGUGUGACAAAGGCUUCAUCGACUCGGGUAUCUGCAGACAAUUACCAUGGAAUCCCAACCCCUGCACCAGGAGCAACACCCAGCUCUCGACCUGUUGGGUCGCAGAUGACGAACGGUGCGUUGAUGGCGGGCAUGAGGGGAACUCCACCGCCCUCCUACGACCAGCCGGUACAACGACUAGGGCUCCCACAACCUGCCUUUACUUCGAAGGCCAUGCAGCAGACUCGCCAAAAGUAUGUUGACCAGACCCAAACCAUGUUCAGUGCCCAGUCGAGGCCUGAUUCUCAGAGCGGAUAUGGAGUAUCGCAAUCGCAAUCACGUCCUGGUACCCGAGGCAGCGACAUGCCACGAGCUACUUCCCCAGCACCACCUCGCAGCGUUUCCCCUCGUCCAGUCAUGCAACCAGACGCAAGGCAGUCCUACCGAUCCGCUUCUCCAAAUCCAUAUGCUGGAAGUCAACGUAAUCGUGCUCAAUCUUCCACACCUCAAAAGCGUGGUUCUGAUCAGGGUUAUUACCGCCACAACUCACCCAACGACGUUGCGCGGGCCGUCUCUCCAGCUCCAUUUCGUGAACAAGAGAGGCCAAGUAGCAGUCAUAUAAAUAACGAUAUGUCUAUGCAGAUGCAACUUGCCCCUGCUCUGGAGGAUGGCUAUGGCUCUCAACGAGGUGGUAGAUCAGGUGGAUCCACCAAUUCGAGAACAAUGAGCUACUAUGGGGGCAGUCAAGCAGGCAGCCAGGGAGGCCAACAACUAGCUUCUCGACAGCGUAGCAAGAGCGUUGCAGAUGUUAGACAAUUCAACAGAGAAGGACGUCCAAUCCUUCAUUUUGCUCGUGCAAUGUACAUGUAUCAAGCCGCCAUUCCAGAGGAACUAAGUUUCGCAAAAGGCGACAUCCUCGCUGUCUUGAGACUUCAAGAUGACGGAUGGUGGGAAGCCGAAGUAGCAGGAAAGAACGGCAGGCCAGGUCUGGUACCAAGCAAUUAUCUCCAGAACUGCUAA